GCAGCGCUGUGUAUAUAUGCGGGGCUUCACCGCUGCGCCCCGAGUCUCCGCCGCCUCUCAGAGCUCGUCUCGUGUUCUUUGUCUACAAAUCCACCAAACAUGGCCUUCUUUCAGGAGUUCCUCAACCAGAGCACCUAUGUGGGCGAUGACUUGAGUGUCCAGGGGACAGUGACUCCUGCUCCUCAGUUCAGUGCCAGUGCAGACGCUGCGGUUCUGGAUAAAGCCAUCAAAGCAAAGGGUGUAGAUGAGGCCACAAUCAUCGAGGUGCUCGCCAAGAAGAGCAAUGAACAGCGGCAGCAGAUCAAAGCCGCCUAUCAGCAGUCCACCGGCAAGCCCCUGGAUGCAGCUCUGAAAACAGCUCUGCAUGAUGAGCUGGAGGACGUGGUUCUGGGACUCCUGAGGACUCCUGCCCAAUACGACGCCUUUCUGUUGAAAAGUGCCAUGAAGGGUUUGGGCACAGAUGAGGACACUCUGAUCGAGAUUUUGGCCUCCAGAAACAACAGGGAGAUCAGAGAGAUCAAAAAAGCCUACAAAGAUGAGUUUAAAAAGGAUCUGGAGAGUGACAUCACAUCUGAUACGAAAGGAGACUUCAGGAAUGCUCUUCUGGCCCUCGCCAAAGGUGCCAGGAGUGAAGACAGGACUGUGCUUGAGGAUCAGGCGGAUAAAGAUGCCAAGGCUCUGUAUGAGGCUGGAGAGAAGAAGAAAGGCACAGACUGCGCUGUGUUCAUCGACAUCCUGACCAGCAGGAGCGCUCCUCAGCUCAGAAAAGUUUUUGAGCAGUACUCCAAAUACAGUAAGGUGGAUGUGGGCAAAGCGAUUGACCUGGAGCUGAAGGGAGACAUCGAGAACUGCCUGGUUGCUGUUGUGAAAUGUGCUGGAAGCAAACCUGCCUACUUCGCUGAGAAACUCAACCUGGCCAUGAAGGGCUCUGGCUGCAGAGAGAAGAUCCUGACCCGCAUCUUGGUGAGCCGCUCUGAAGUGGAUCUGGUGCAGAUCAAGCAGGAGUACAAAAAGAAAUACGGCAAGAUCCUCUACAAGGACAUUCUGGAUGACACCAAAGGAGACUACGAGAAGAUCCUGCUGGCCCUGGUCGGAAGUGAUCAGUAAAAACAUCAUAUUCCCCCGAAUAUCUGCUAACAAACCAUCUGUGGAGAAGAAGAAGAACUGUAAUCAUGACCUUUCUGAUGAAUAAAUCUUGUGUUCAGUGCC